AAAAAAAACAUCAUCCCACCAUCCCACUAACGCAACCCGACAUUCCAAUUGUUGUAGGCAGUGGACUACCGAUAGCACAGGAGAGAGUUUGCAAGACACUUCGGACGGUGGUAGAGAAGGUCGCGAAGCAACAGAGCAAUCGAGGAGAAAUUGGUUGGACGAACUAUUCCAGCCACGAAGAAUUUGCCCCACCCAAAUAAUGAUUUCCUCGUGUUUCACAAGGACGGUGGUGKCCCAUACCAGGGCAGCUUCGUCCUCUUUGCUCGGAAUGACGAUCGGAAGGUCCGUUAUAGGCACCAAGGCAGGGAUUCUUUUGAGCGAUGGCAGCUGUAGCACAAGCAACAACAACAACAACGCCACGACGCUUUCGCACCCGGCAACCUCCGCGCUGCGGUGGAAGUCGUCGGGCGGCAAAAGAAAAUCCUUCCGGCCCCGCCGGGCCCCCACAAAGGGCGGCUACUAUUCCCGGCUGGACCGCUCCCGUGCCGCCGUGUCCUUCCGGCGCAAGCCCACGGCGGGACCACGGGAACCCAACGACGUCAAGACGCCGAUGCCCCGGAUCGAUCGGUCGCAGAUCCGGGUCCGCGACGCCCUCGACGAAGAAGGGAGCGGCGACGACGACCUGACGCCCCUCGGACCCCUCAUGGGGGGCGCCCUCCGGGCCCUGCGCAAGGAGGCCUCCGGGUCCAACCUCCUGCUGGGGAGCAACACGAGCACCAGCAGCACCGACGCCACCCUGGAAUCCCAGCUGAGGCUGAUGGACUUUUUCACCAGCGCGGACGGAUCGACGGAGGACCUGGUGGGCGCGAGGCGCGCCGCUGCGGCCGAUGCCCACGGCGACCCGGGGGAAAUGCUCCGGAAGAUCGACGAGCUGGUGGACAAGGAGCGUUUCGAGUACAUGGAGCUGCCGACGACGGAGGACCUCUUUCCGGGGAACGUCGAAGGAAGCCCCGUCGGUGGGGACGACGCCAACGCCGUGCAGAUCCCCCACAACCAGCUGGCGCACGGAGAAUGGUGAGUGACCGUGUGGUGUGGUGUGGUGUGGUGUGGUGUGGUGUGGUGUGUUAUACACAUGGCAAUUGUGUGGUGCAGCUUCGACGUUCACCAAACAAUACCGUUCUUUUUCUCACGAGGAACUCCUUCUGUGUUCUGUCUCGUCUCGUCGUUUUCUUCGUCCCCCUUCGUGUGUGACGGUUUCUUCCCGAUGAACAACCUCCCACCUCAAAAUCCCAAAAAGGGGCGAGAUGCUCAUUCGCACCGACCGGGUUAGCAAGAUGUGGCGCGGCGGACGCGUCGUAUCUUUCCGGGCCCUGGUCAUCGGGGGGAACCUCCGCGGCUGCGCCGGUUUCGGAAUCGGUAAGGCCUUUGAACCGGAAGACGCCGUCGAGAUUGCCUGCCGGAUGGCAAAGCGCAACAUCUUCUUCGUGGACCGCUACCGGGGGCGGACCCUCACCCGCGACCUGGUCGGGAGGCAGAACUCCUGCAAGGUCGUCCUGAGGACCACCACCAACGGCCUGCGGGGGAAUCCCCUCUGCUGCGAGAUCCUCAAGCUGAUGGGAAUCACCAACGUCGUCGCCAAGGCGCACGGGAGCCGGAACCACUACAACGUGGUCCGGGCGACCUUUAAGGCCCUGAUGACCCACGAGUCCCUCGACGAGGUGGCCCUCAAGCGGGGUCUGCGGCUGGUGAACCUCCAGCGGGCGAAGCGGCUGGGAAUCUGAGAAACGAAACGAGACGAUUGGAGUUGAGUUCGUUCGUAGUGGUGCACUAGCUCAAAAAUUCAAUCCAUCGAAAGGGAGCCAUCCGAUUGACGAAAAAAAGUGAAACACUAUGCUGCUGUCUCUGGCGAAAAACUCGUAUGAAGAGAACACAUCUACAAAUGUGCUAGCAUGUAAUACGUAAAAAACAUCUAUUUAAAUG